ACCAGAUAGCAUUUAAGAGUCCUUUCCAACUCAAAUGGUUCUAUGAUUCUGUGAUCUCUGCUUCUCUCCACCCUGCUCCCCCUUCUUUCGCACAGCUGGGUUUGGCCCCACUCCAAGCCCCUGGGAGGAAUGGGUGCUUCUCACAGCAGGGAGGGCAGUUUGCAGGCAUCAAAAAUACCUGGGAUUGUCCCAGACCUGCAUUGUAGACAGCAGGGAGUAUGGAGGUGUCCACUCCCUCCACCAAAUGCAUCUCAGAGCAGGAGGUUCCUAUGGGUUCUGCUUGUCAGGAGCACAUCCCUACAUCCCUCUGCAGCCCAGGGGGACCCCAGGGCUGGGGGGGGCAUGGUGGUGGGGCUGCCAGUGCUGUGUGGGUGAGCGCGGUGCACUCAGCUGGUAGGGAGAUGAGUAAUGCUCUCCUCUGGCCAAGCCCACAAGCUGCUAAGUUUAGCAGUGAUUUGUGUUUUUCCAAGCUGUCUCGAGUCCCUUGGUGAUUCAGAGCCGACCAGCUUCGCUACCCCAGCAGCCCCAGCUGUGUGAAUGUGUUGGGAUGAGGCCAGCACGGAUGCAGCCGGGACUGUCCCAUUUCUGGGCCAUGAGGCAAAACAUGGUGACACCACAUCAUUGGGACUUGGGGGUGCCAGGGUGUGAGCACCCCUUCCCUUCCUGUCUCUGCUCCUCUCCCUUGCCUGUAGCCAGGGAAUGCACAGUGAUGCCAGCCCCUGCCCAUACUGUCCCUGCAGGAAUGCCCUAGGGCUGCUCCCUGUGCACCAUGCCCUGCAGCAGCCUUCCUGCCAAAAUUGUUUGAGGGCUGCGGUCUCAUUCUGCCCCAGCCCCAUGUGCUGCAUCUGCCCCUGCUGGGGCCACGCUGCUUGGAAGAUGCUGAGUGUGACAUUCCUCUGUCGGCCCCGGUCUGGAGUGGUGCUUUUCCAGCCACACUGGAUUUUGAUUUCUGUGUGCUUCACUGAAAGCUGUGUGCCUGGAGGGUGACUCAGAAUGGGCAGCAGCCCAGCAGUGGGCAGCCAGAUCUGGCAGACAAGGGGUGAUAAGCCUGGGCCAGCCCCACUCAGUACCAGGGUGCAGGGCAGUUCCCAGCUGCUGCCUGACCUCCCAGUGCAUCACUCAUGGAAGCAGGGAGUCUAUUUUGGGAAUGGCAUCACUGGGAAAAAACUGCUGCAUCAACAGCAUGUGAAGUAAAGCAGUUGCGGACAGUGUUUUCAAAAUGCCUAUUUUCCAUCCCAGCUUUUCUCCUGGGCAUGGGCAGCCAAGCAGCAGGGGAUGCUGCGAGGGCAGAGUCAGGCUGAGUGCUUCCCCUGGCAUGGAGGGGACCCACACCCUCCAUCACAUCCCACAGCAGCCAGGCCCCACGCUCAUCCCCCUGGGAACACCCUCUAGAUGUGAUGUGGCAGUAGCUGCCGGAAAGGUCUCGCUCCCACACUCUUCUCACGGUCCAAGUCCAGCUGCAAACUGCCCUUUCCAUCUCUGCAGCCUGCAGGGUCCCCUUCCCCUGCGUGCCACCAGCCCUACCAGCAUGGCACGCUGCACAGAGUGGCAAAGAACAAGUGAUGCUGCACCCAGCACCCGUGCUGUGCUGAGGAGUGUGUUCGGAGGCAACACUGUGCUGUUCCCAUCUCAGGCAGCUCAUUAGGGUGUUGGGACCUGAGCUGCUGCGGAAACGUGGGUGGGCUGAGAUGGGAUUAAAGGCAGUUGGGAAGUCCCGCUGUCCCGUGGUUAGCACAGGGCUGCUGCUGGCUCAGAACAAGGCUCACACGUGUUGGUUUUCCCAUGGUCACAUCUCCUAAACCUCUGCUUGUGGCUGCUCCUGGACAAGGCUGCUGGGGAGAGGUGGGCACGGGGCAACCAGGCGGGUGGUGGGGCCAAAAGAAGGACAGGGCUGGUGCCCCAAUGAGUCACGGUCCCUGGCUGUGUGCAGGGGGCUGCAGGGCUGAGCUGCACGCAGCCUGCUGGCUGACGUGCACAGCGUGUUCUCAGGGCCGACUGUUUGUCUUCAAGUGAGAGGGUUCACAAGCAAGAAACCAGCCACUCCAUUUCCCAGUCAAUCACUCUGUUUGCUAAGGAAGUGCGAGCUGGAAGCCGCUCUACUGCAGUGAUUUCCGUAACCCCGCCGCUGCCCCUGUGCUGAUUCAUUGAUUUGGACGGGUUAUAUACUGGGAGGGGAAGCGUGAACCGCACUCGGCGCUCCUGCCAGCACGGAGCUGUGCUCGCUCAGCGCUCAGGGCUGCAGGACAUGGGCCCCAUGGAGCAGGGAAUUUGGUGGCUGCUGCUGCUGCUGCUGCUGCUGGGCUUCCACCCGGUCCGCGGGCAGUGCCCGGAGCAGUGCCAGUGCGUCCGCACCGCCCAGGUGGAGUGCUCGGGCGCCGGCAUCACCGCUGUCCCCAGCCCCAUCCCCGCCAAUACAGUGACCCUGCAGAUCGUCAACACUCGCAUCACUGUGCUGGGCGAGGCAUCCUUCGGCAACGCCUCCCUGCUCAUCGGGCUGCGCAUCGAGAAGAACGACCUGCAGCACGUCAGCCCCGACGCCUUCCAGCACCUGCCCGACCUGCGCUACCUCAGCCUGGCCAGCAACAAGCUGCAGGAGCUCCCGGUGCAGGUCUUUCAGCCCCUGGGCAAGCUGGAGUCGCUGCUCCUCUCCAGCAACCAGCUGCUCCGUGUGGAGCCUGACCACUUCGCCCACCUGAGCAACCUGAAGGAGCUGCAGCUGCACGGGAACAACCUGCGGGAGCUGACGGAGGGGUUGUUUGACCAGCUCGCCAGCCUCACCAAGCUCAACCUGGCCCGCAACAACCUCGACCGCCUGCCGCCCCGCGCCUUUGAGCGGCUGCCCCAGCUGCAGGUGCUGCGGCUCUACGAGAACCGGCUGCGGCACAUCCCGGCAGGUGCCUUUGAUGCGCUACCCGAGCUGCAGGAGCUGGGCCUGCACCAGAACCAGCUGGAGAUGCUGUCCCCGGAGCUCUUUGUGCACAACGGGAACCUGCAGAAGCUCUACCUCUCCAACAACCUCCUCACUGCCCUGCCUGCCGGUAUCUUCCUGCCGCUGCGUGCCCUCUCCAAGAUCACCCUGCACGUCAACCGCCUGCGCGACAUCUCCCCGGCUGCCUUCGGCCCCAUGCCCAACCUGCGGGAGCUGUGGCUCUAUGAGAACGAGCUGGCUGCUCUCCCCGCCGCUGUCUUCAGCAACCUCACCCAGCUGCAGCUCCUGGUGCUCAGCAAGAACCAGCUCCGAUCCCUGGCUCCGGGGGCUUUCCGUGGGCUGGGUGAGCUGCUGGAGCUCUCGCUGCACUCCAACGCCCUGCAUCGGCUGGACGCUGGGGCGCUGGGGGGAAUGCCCAAGCUGCAGAACAUCUCCCUGCAGAACAACCGCCUGCAGACGCUGCCUCGUGGCCUCUUCGCUGCCACUCCGAGGCUGCAGCACAUCCAGCUGCAAGCCAAUACCUUGGAGAGCCUGCCCGCAGGCAUCUUCUCCCCGCUGUCUGCCGUGCGGGAGGUGAAGCUGCACAACAACUCGUGGCGUUGCGAUCAGGCCAUCCUGCCCCUGCGUGCCUGGCUGGAGGCGAACCCCAGCAAGGUGGGUGAGACCCCCCCGGUGUGCGCCCAGCCGGCCCCGCUGCGGGGAACACCCAUUGCCAAGCUGUGGCAGGACCAGCCACCCACUGCCCGGCCCAGCAGCCCGCUGCCUGCCCGCCCCUCCCAGGAAGCAUUGCCGUCGGGGUUCCCCACCACGCUGCCGGUCACCCCUGUGUCUCGGGAGGAGGAAGAGGAGGAGGAAGGCAGAGGGUGGUGGGGGCUGACGCGCACGCAGAGCGCGGUGGUUGGGGCUGUCAUCGUGCUGGUGUGCGUGGCUCUGCUCUGUGCCCUCGUGGCACUGGUGGUGUACAGCUGUAGAAAGAAGAGCCAUGUGGUGCUGAUGAGGAUGAAAGCACCCAAUGAAGCCUGAUCCCCCAUGAGCCCCGGGGGCAGUGGUGACCCAGAGCUGGAUGGACAUCAUCACACCAUGUGCCCAAGUCCCCUGUGCUGCUCUGCUUCACCGUGCCCCUGUUCUGCAAGCAGGGUGUCAACUACGGGUGCCCCCUUGGCUGCCCUGUCCCCAGCCCCUCCUGCUUCUGUGCUCAAUCCCUUCCUGGGACCAGCAGCCAGAGUACAGGGUGCCAAGUAGCAGAGCAGGGAGCAGCAGCCUGGCCACAGAGCACUGGGACUCCCCCACCCUCACCUCACAUGAUCCCCUUGAGCUGCCCCAAACCCCAUGCCUUCAGCCACAGCCUGUGCUGAAGUGUGAGGGGCCAGGAUCUAAGCACACACCCUCCUCCCAAGCAGGGCUGUGUGUGCCUUUGCAGCUUAGCCCUGCAGGGCUGGGCUGCCUCUGCUUGGCUCUGAGCCUGGUGUGCUCCGUGGUGGCACACCCCAGUGACUCGGCCGCGUCCACGCUGCCCUCCCUGCCUGCAGGCAGCGUGGCGAGAGCGGAGCAUCUUCCUCUGCCUCCAGCAGAGUCCUUGUCCUCACACGCUUGUGUUUCCCAUGGCAACAGCACUGUGGGACUACAUGUGCCCUGGGCAUCCACCAACUGCAGCCCUGCCCAGCACAGCUGCACCCUCUCUUCUCACUGUUCCCAGCCCUGAGAGUGCCCGCUCUGUACCUGCUCCUGCUGCCUGCUCCCAGCCUGAAUGCUGCUGGUGGCACAGGGGAGGAGGGCAAAUCCCUGAGGUCCAGCUGUGGGCAGGUGGGACUGCACUGCCCCAGCAGCUACUGUGCUUCUUCCAGCGAGCAAGGCACAGGCACAGCUCCAUGUGUGGCACUGGGCUGUAUGGGGUACGGUACUAUGGGACAAGAGUCUCAAUGGGUGGUGCUGCUCGUGGUGCUCCAGGAGCCAGUGCCGGCACAAGCAACAGUGCAGUUGUGUGUAUGUGAUGGGAUGGAUGCUCUUCUGGGCUGAGACCUGAUGACAGCUGCAAACAGGACUGUGCCUCGGGACCGUUCGGUACUGCUCUGUGACCAUUAAAGCACGGUUGU